AUGGAUAGACGUCGCACACCCUUCCUCCCGCCGCGGUGGGUUAAAUGCCCCCGCGUGGGCAGCAUGCUGUUGGAUCUUUUUAUCCCCUGCAAAACCCCACUGGACUCGAAAUUUAGUCAGAUUAUUGAGCCGGAAGACAGUUCGCGUUUUUACCACCGCCGGGAAAUUGAAAAUCACGGAUGCAAGUACGUUAAGAUCGCCUGCAAGGGCAAUGAAGAGACGCCGACCCUGGAGCAAGUGAAGUUAUUUAUCAGUCUGGUCAACCAAUUCGAGGAGAAGGAGGCAGGAGAGGGCAAGAAGAUUGGUGUUCACUGUACCCAUGGCUUUAAUCGAACCGUUACUACUACUUCCUUGUUUAUCUGCCUACCCUCCGCCCCGGUUGUCCCAAUUUUUAGGCUUACUGUCGACCAUAUCAUCGAGAAAGAAAUUCAACCAACAGGCAUCCCUGAUGACGAUGGCAUGGUCGCGGACUACAUGCGCGAAUUCGGUUAUAUGACCUCUGAAGAACCUCAGUCAGACUUCACAGGGGCGCCUUCAAUGAGUUCAUCCAGUGGCGGUUACACGGAGAUGGCCGAAUCUUGGGAUUCCUCGAAUGUAUCUGCCCGCCUGGUACUGAGGGAAGAGCUUUGCGUACAUUGUGUCUCGGAUUGUGGGGUUACGUUCAAGCGUAUAACCCCUGAGGGCUGCAACUCUACACGGCGGCCGGAAACGCUUUGUAAGUGA